UGCCUCUACAGCAUCUGGUGUUUGUGUAGGGAGCUUCUCUGCACUCGCAAAAUAUUGUCUUUUUCGCUUUUCUCGGUAAACAGUAAACACAUUGAGACUUUUCUACAUAUUGAUCACACCGUGAAAGUCUUCAUUAUACAGAAACACCGGAGUUUGAGCUUUUAAAAAAAAGUGUUGUUGUUUUGUUUUUGUUUUUCAAAGUAAACGUAUUGACUUUGUUCCAGUGUAAAUAGAGAGUACUUAAGUGCUGUUUAAGGUAGCGUUUAUUUGGUGAAGAGUUGAUCAGGAUGAGUUUUCUGUCGUGCAUCGGGAAAAAGUCGAAAAAGAAGAAGGGUGGCAAAAAUGAACUCCUGGAUAGAAAAAUGUCGUCGGCAAUUGAGGAACAGGCGGAGGAAGUUAAGGAGAACAUUGAGAAUACACACAAGUCCGCCAUCGAACAUAUUACUGCUGGUUCCCGCAAGUCCAGCAAGUCAAGCUUGUCGAAGCCGGGCCCGUCUGUUGACCAUUCCAAAACAUUACUGGCCGAAAAGGACAGGCUGGAGGCAGAUUUGACGGCCAUGAGGGUGGAGAAUCAGAUGCACAAAGAUUCUAUAGAGCGUCUAGAGCACACGAUGACGUCGUACACCGAGGACAUCAAGCGUCUUGAAGAUACCAACGUCGACUUGAAAUCGAGGGUGACGCGAGCCGAAACAGAAGCUGCCAAAGUUACCAUAGAAAACCAGAAACUUCUACAAAAGAUUGUCGGUGUUGAAGAGCGGCAGGCCAUGAUGAGCCGUGCGGAGCUGCAGUCCAUGAUCUCCCAGCUAGAGGAAGCGGAAGCCAAAGCAGCCUCUAAGCCCGCCGCUGAGCUUUCCGGCAUCCGCACUAACCCCGCCGCCCCCGCAAAUGGUGCCCGUAAGAGGUCCAACACCGCCCAGGAGGAGAAACAAAUAUCCUGGAGCCCUAUUUCCAACCCCUGUAGGUUGUCACGGACGGAGGCCCGCCUAAGCCAGAGUCUGGACGAGAACAGGCGACUCCGGGAGGACCUGAAGGACAUGCUGGAUUCCCAGAUAGAGCUGCAGCAGUCAAUAGUCUCAGACGCUCUCAGUUCGCCUAUCGACGAUAUCCUUCCGAGGAGUAUGAGCGCGUACGGACGCCUGAACACGAGCGGGUCGGACAGCGAAGUACAGACUGACGAACAGGACACUGAUGUAGUCAUAGCGAGGCUCGGGGAAGCGGAAUUAGAAAAUCAGAGGCUAAGACUGGACUACAGUGCGCUUGAACAAGCGUUUAAUGAUCUUCAGAAGCGCUUGGAUGAGUUGGAACGUAUGGAAAAGAUUAAAUCGGAGACAGACGAAAAUGCCAAGGAAGACAGUACACAAACACACAGUAUUGAUGAUGAUAACGAAUUAGAAAUGAUGCUCAGUAAAUUAGAAAAUAAUCAAAAACACUGGCAAAUGGAAAAUGAAAAGUUAAUUCAAACAUGUGCUUCGCUCUCAUCCCGAAUAGAUACUGUUUGUCAAGAAAAUUCCACAGUCAGGGAAGAACAUGACUUCUUGACCAGAAAGAACACUGAUUAUACGAAUGAGCUUGAAAAGAAAACCAAAGAAAUCGAAGGGUUACUCAAUGAAAUAAACAAUUCGAAGGAUGAAAAUAAAAGACUUCAAGAGGAGUGUCGGCGGCUGGGGCAGCAACUGCAGAAGCGGAAGGACACGGUGGCGCGGCCUAGCGGCUCUCUCGAGACGGUGGAACGGGAACUCUCGGACGUCAAGCAGAAGUACGAGGAAGUCAAUAGAAGACUGAAGGAGAUAUCUUCCAUGAAAGGGACUCCACCCACCAAAAGCCUCGACCUGAAUCCUGUGACACCGGCGUCCCUGGCAGAGCGGUUCCGGUCUGAGCUAUAUGACCGCGAGUGGCGUCAGGCGUUCGCUUACUUCACGGAGCGGCAGAGGCGGGAUGAAAAGAAGACUAUUCAGAUAUUAGGGGAGAUUUGCACGGAAGCGUACCUAUUCACAAAACGAGCAGCUCGCAUGCAGCAGGACACUAUGACGUCAUCACUUGUGACGCCAACAUCCCAUCAAUACCGGAGUACGCAGGUCAACAAAAGAAAUGGCCACUUGAAAGCGUUGACAGACCAGUUACCUGACGACCUAAGACGUCGCCUGGCCCACUUCCGAUGUAGACCAUCACAGGAGUUGCUCGAGAGAGGCGUCCACGAUUUCCUGAACCAGAUCGACUAUGACCGCACGCGGUUCCUACGUCACGUAAGCGAGCGAGACUUCCACGAUAUUAUGUCGUACGUGCGUCUGUGCUUCGAGCUGUCUUGGUGCAUGGCCGUGCAGGAACCUCCCAUGUAUCUCUUGUUUAAGGUCAAACAUGGAUUGGACAUCGAUCCGGAGCGCUUCGACCGUUACCAGGCAACGGGAAAGCGGGUCGACUACAUCAUUUGGCCAGCAGUGUUUACGAUAGAGGGCGGGGCCUGUCUGCAGAAAGGGGUAGCUUAUGCGUUACCAGAGCGAUAAACCGGAAGACGCAGGAAUGUUUAAAAAGAAGAAUAACUACCUUGGCGACGGUUUUGGACUGGUCAACGUGUUGUCAGUAUUUUCAGAAAUGGGAUGAUACAAUAUUCAUUGAUCUGUGCGGGUCUCAGAUGUUGUCAAAAUGUGUUCACUUUCAAAUUGUUUGUCUUGUGUUGUGUGCCAUACCUAUAUCAAAAUAUACUCACUGGGUAGCUUAAUACCAUUAUCGAUAUUAUGUGGUGAAUCAGCUUAAUUUAACAUCUUAAAGCUAUCUCACAGAUUGAACGUUUUAACCUUUUUUUGUCUUUGAACGAGCCAUUAAAUGCAAGAAUGCAUGAAAACCAGUGAUAUAAGCCUUCUGACAAAACAAUCCGAUCGAAGAUUUUCAUAUUUAAGUUCAAAAGUUGAUGUUUUAUGCAUUGUUCUUAAACCGUAAGUAACGCCUUUAGCCAUAAAACGUUAAUUUUCAAAAGGAAAUAUGAAAAUCUGCGAUCUGAUCUUUUGUAAUCAGUCCUAAUUCACUAGUUUGCAGAUAUUUACGCAGAAAUUGGCACAAUCCAAGGCACAAAACUAAAAAAGUUAUCAAAACGAUUAACCUGUGAGAGUGCAGCUUUAAUGUCAUACAUUAUUUAGUAGUAUUGGAAUAUAGUUAAAUUGCAAUUAUAUGGUUAUGAAGACACUAUGAUAAUGUAUCAACACAUACAAUAAUGUGGAAAUAAUUCAGACAGUACAAAUAUAUAGUGUCACUGUUGAUUUACAUAAUGACUUACUGCCCAUUAUAUUUAUGGCCUAAUGUGAAAUUAUUUAUAUUUUGUUUACUGUUUAAUACUCGUUGUAUUUAGAUAUAA